AUGGACCGAAUUGAAGCAAUAUGCCUGCCAGGGACCCAAACAGAGCUUCUCCUCGAUAUUCAACGUUGGGCCAUUGCAGCCGAUGGAAAAUGCAUUUUCUGGCUAAAUAGUUUGGCCGGGACUGGCAAGUCAACAAUAGCACGAACCGUGGCAAAGGCCUUUCAGGAGCAAGGCUUACUAGGGGCGAGCUUCUUCUUCAAGAGAGGUGAAGGAGAUCGUGGAAACGCGGCCCGGUUCUUCCCCACUAUCAUCCAGCAGCUAUCUAGCAGGAUCCCGGAACUUCGCGCUGCUAUAUUACAGGUGAUUCAAGAUAAUCCAGAAAUCUCCACCAAAUCACUCAAGGAACAAUUUAAUGAGCUUAUUUACAAACCAUUCCGAAGCUUGAACCAAGCCAGUCUUCAGAAUUCGCCUCUAGUGGUUGUGGUUGAUGCACUAGAUGAGUGCGAACAUGACAAUGAUAUUCAGGUUCUCCUCCAGCUCUUUCCACGUGUUCAAGAGUUUAAUUCUCCAUGUCUGCGAUUUUUUAUCACAAGUAGGCCCGAGCUGCCUAUACGAUCAGGCUUCAGAGGGGUUGAUUAUCACGAUCUUAGCCUCCAUGAAAUUCCGCAGCCAAUUAUAGAACGUGAUAUCGCCUUCUUCCUACAACACAAGAUGGCUAUAAUCCGGGAGCAGCGGAAGCUUCCUUCGGACUGGCCUGAGAAAGAUGACAUUCAGGCCCUACUUACCGUGUCGGCUCCAUCCUUUAUUGUCGCAGCUACCGUCUGCAGCCACCUCCAGAAUCACAACUUAGAACCUACACAGUAUCUCAACGAGGUUGUUGCACGACUUAACGAAGUUCCAAAGAUCGGCGAACCGCCUCUUGCUGUUCUCAAUCGACUUUUCGGUGCUCAGACUGAAUAUGGCCCGCAGCCAUCUGCUGACUACGGAAAUGAUGCUGGUAUUGAGGGCCUACUUUAUGAUCAGAGCGACAUUGAAAGUAUAUUUUCCGAGGGAUCAAUACUGUCCUCUCAAUCAUCCCAGAGCGAGAUAACGUCCAUCGCUAUCUCUGAGUUAGCCGAGUUACUUCUAACCGACAAUGAACUACAGAAUCUGUGGCCAACUGCUAUUUCAAAGGUUGGUCCCGAUAGGUUUCAAAGGAACUUUACGCGCAUUCUCAGGAAAUUUGGCCGUAAUCUGGAGGGCGAAGCGUUAAACGAAAUUCAGUGUCAAGCAGCGCAUUUCGUACGGUUAUCUGCUCAGCAAACAGCAGCUCAAUUAUGCAACCUCCUGAAGCAAGAUAGGAGCAACCUUCCUAUUGAACAGAGCUUGAAUGCUUCAAGAACAGCUCGUGUUAAUGCAUGGUUGCAGUCACAAAAAGUGGGCCACACAAAGCGGCAAGUUGAAGGCCUUCUUGAGGUCGAUGUUACCGGUUCAUCUACCGACAGCGAUGCGGAUGGUUCGGAGGAGUUUGAGCCAGCGUCGCUCAGCAGUAUUGACGAUGUUAAACUAUUUUUGCUGUCGGCCAAUGCCUUUUUGCUCUUGCGCGAAGAAUUUAAGAAAUGGCUAGAGGUGAAGAGAACAGAUAGUGUCAACCCUGCAGUCCAGAAAAAUUUCCAGUUCUCAGAUCCUGAAAUCACUCAAGACAGCCGGUUUGGCGAUCUCGUGCAAUCUAGCACGUCAGAAGGACACCAUCACGAGCCCGUUCAGUUUAGGGAGGAUUGUGACAGUCCGCCUGAGGGAGCUUCAACAGUUCAGAUGAGCACCAACGGCAUGGUGAUAUCUUUAUCCUGGUGGCAGCGCCUACUCAACAUAUACUCCCCACCGGUAGCUGGUUACGAAAGGAUCUACUAUAGAUGUGUUAGUUUUUGCUAUCUCCACUUGAAUCUGUCCUGA